ACGCUUACGGUAGUAGAUUUUGCAUUUAUGAGUGGGCGGAGUCUAUCACUGCGGACCGACAGAAAUAAACGGUGGCUCGGCUGCCUGAACACAUGAACACGGACGCUCACGGGAAGGCACGAGCACUCUUACCAGAAUUCCUAAAGGUUUCCAGGUGAAUCGCCUGUGUGUCCUUCACAAUGUGUGUCGUUUUGCGCGUGUGUGUGUUGUUGAUGGUGUGUUGUAUAAGCAGUGUUGUGUCUCAGUCUCCGUCAUAUGGAGAGAGAGGUUCUGAUCUGGGCCUGCAGGUGUUUUUGCGUCUGGUCCAGAAUAAACCUCAGGAGAAUGUGGUGCUGUCCCCUCACGGCAUGGCCUCUGUUCUGGGCAUGCUGCUCCAAGGGGCACAUGGGGACACUCGCCGCCAAUUACUCGUGGGUCUCAAAUACAAGAAGACGGGUCCGUACAAGAUGUUGCAAAAACUCCAUAAAUCCCUGACGACCAAAUCCAACGCUGAUAUAGUGACGAUCGCCAACGGGCUGUUCCCCAAAAGCGGUUUCAGUUUACAUAAAGAUUUUCUGACAGCCAUCAGAGAGAACUUCUUGUGUGAGAGUCAAAACCUUGACUACAGCGAUCCGCAGAAGGCUGCAGAGGCCAUAAAUGAAUGGGGGAAGAACAAAUCCAAAGGCCAUAUUCCCAGUCUUGUUCAGCCAGAUAUGUUGGAUCCAACUCUGACCCGGUUAGUGGCGGUAAACUCCAUCUACUUUAAAGGCCUGUGGAAAUCACGAUUCCAGGCGCAAUACACUAAACUCAGGAGCUUCACCGCAGCGGACGGAAAAUCAUACAAAGUACCCAUGAUGUCUCAGCUCUCUGUAUUUAACAUAGGUCAAGCGAGCACUCCCGACGGUGUGAAGUACGCAGUGAUUGAACUGCCCUAUCAUGGCAACAGCAUGAGUAUGUUCAUUGCAAUGCCAUCAGAAGACGCCACUCCACUGUCUGCCAUGUUGCCACAUAUUUCCACAGCAACCAUCCGAAGCUGGACCAAACUGCUGGCCCAGAGGAGAAUGCGCCUCUUGAUGCCAAAGUUCACAGCUGAGGCAGAAGUGGAUCUGGAGGCUCCUCUUACAGCAAUGGGAAUCAAAGAUCUUUUCAAAGAGGCCAAAGCUGAUUUCAGACAUAUGAGUUCAGAGCCUGUCUAUGUGUCCAAAGCCCUGCAGAAAGCCAAGAUAGAAGUAAAUGAAGAUGGAACUAAAGCUUCUGCCGCAACAACUGCAAUCUUGCACGCCCGAUCUUCUCCUCCAUGGUUGAGUGUGGACAGACCGUUCCUGUUCCUCAUCAGACAUAACUCCACAGGCACUGUUCUGUUUGCUGGCCUGAUCAACAAACCUUGAGGCAAAAAUCUAAAAUUGAUGAACAUGCAUCAACACACACAAACAUAUAAACUUUUGUCUAGGACUGCAUCUUCUGUACCCGCAGAACUCUUGUUGUCUUUUAAGUGUUUUUAAUGCUUCAUUUUCCUCUUUAUACUAUUGGGUUUUUAUAAGGUUUUAUACAUAGUUCAUAAUUUUUGUCAAAUGCAAAACAUUCAAAAUUUGUGACUAAAACAAUUCAACUAAAUUGUUGUUCGCAUUGCGAUUUUUAUUAUUUGUAUUAAAGGGGUGAUUUUUUUUUCUUCUAGUUUUGGUGUGUGUCUCUUUAAGUGCAAGGUAGCUGUCUCCGCCCCCUUUUGAGCAGAAAACGUGAGUCUGUGCUUACAGUGACAAAACGAUAAAGUAGGGUCACAUAAAGCAAACGAGAAACAAGGUCUCGUCUUUGAACACCAAACACAUUGUUUUCGAUAAGCACACCGGUUUCCCCUAGACCAUUCGCAAAGCCACUCCGGUCCCUGUUGGUCUGGUCAUGACCCCAUUCGGGAGAGAGAACCGCGUCGCGUGUUUACAAACCAUACACAAUUUUCUGAAGUUAAGAUACUCAAGACAAACGCAUCGCUAUUACUCUAAAUCAAAUUAACGUCACACAGGACAAUCCCGUCGCAUGUUUACAUACAUUGUGACAUGUUUGUCUGUUCACUAUCAGAAAGCAGUGACAUUUUACUUUUAAGUUGCCAUAGGUCCCUGUGGUAUAACUUAAAAAAUACCGGUACUUACAAUGUCUUUAUUUUCAGCUUUGCCUCGUUCAGAGUGGAUGAGUUCCAUUGAAAACUAAAUAAAUCCAUUGCUGUCUUGUCUCCCGUGAGGCUGGGAACAUUGUUCUGUGUUGGUCUGUGCAGCCAACAACUGAACAGUUCAUAAGCUUUGCUACUUUUGCCAUGGUGUUGCUUCACACAUGCAAAAACAAAAUGGCAGCGGCGCAAUGGGUGGGCACGUUCAGAACAAGGGGCGGAAAUAUUAUAACAUGAACGGCUACUUACGUCACUAAGAGAGCGAUUUCUGAAUCGCUCGUUUUCUCACAGGCUUGCAGAGAAAGGCACACAUAAAAAAAGCUAAUGAUUUGUAAUUUUUCUCAGUUGGCAGAUGCACAAGAGACCCAAGUUUAGCAUUUAAUCAUGGAUAAAAUCAGUUUUUCAUGAACUUAACCCUUUAAAGUGUCCUUAGUUCAUUUUUUAGUUGUAGUUCAUUUCCUAUGAAUUCUAUGCUUUACAUAAUUUAGUGACAUUUUAUUAAAUAUGGUACUUAAACAGUG